UUUUUUUUUGUCGUUUCUCCCCCCCCCCCCCCCCCCAUGUCACUCUAAUUAAUCGGAGGCAUGUGGAAUCGCACCAGGAUUAGGAAUUGCUUCCCAAUAGUGUGCCUGCUGUUGACGUUAUGGACGGAGGUGUCCCAGUCAACCGGCUAUUUCGAGCUGCAGCUGAUCUCCGUGGAGAAUGUAAACGGCGAGUUGGCGGACGGGGAGUGCUGCGACGGCUCCAGGAGCUCCCAGGACCUGCGCUGCACUCGAGACGAGUGCGACACUUACUUCAAAAUCUGCCUGAAGGAGUACCAGAUGGAGGUCACCACCAACGGCCCCUGCACGUUCGGGGCUGGAUCUACGCAAGUUCUCGGUGGAAAUAUGUUUUCUUUUAAGGGCGCAAAGAAUAACCCGAAUAAAAUCGACGAAGCUGGCAAGAUUUUGAUCCCCUUCCAGUUUGCCUGGCCGCGGACAUACACGUUGAUUGUAGAGGCCUGGGACUGGGACAAUGGCACACGCAACACUGAGGAGGAGGAGCUGCUGAUCGAACGCAGCAUUCGCACCGGUAUGAUCACCCCCGGUGACCCCUGGCAGACCAUCCUGCACGACGGACCGGUGGCUCGCCUCAUCUAUCGCAUCAGAGUGCGGUGUAAUGAGAACUACUAUGGCAACAAGUGCAAUAAGCUGUGUGUUCCUCGUGAUGACUACUUUGGCCACUAUCGAUGCGAGCCUUCAGGAGCCCAGGUGUGCCUGGAUGGCUGGAUGGGCCCAGACUGCAGGACAGCGAUCUGCAAGCAAGGCUGCAACCUGUUGCAUGGCGGCUGCUCUGUCCCUGGAGGAUGCACGUGUAGCUAUGGGUGGCAGGGCCAAUUCUGUGAUGAAUGUGUGCUUUAUCCCGGAUGCGUCCAUGGGACCUGCAACAACCCCUGGCAGUGCAACUGCGAGAGGAACUGGGGUGGCCUGCUGUGUGAUAAAGAUCUGAAUUACUGUGGUCGCCACCAGCCGUGUGUCAAUGGAGGAACCUGCAUGAACACAGAACCAGACGAGUACUACUGCGCCUGUCCACAGGGAUACUCCGGCAAGACCUGCCAGAUAGCUGAGCACGCCUGUGUUUCCAAUCCUUGUGCCAGCGGUGGUACAUGCCAUGAGGUUCCCACAGGAUUUGAGUGCCAGUGUCCCCCAGGCUGGGAGGGUCCGACCUGUGCUAACAAUUUGGAUGAGUGUGCCUCCAGUCCAUGUGCUCAGGGUGGAACCUGUAUCGACCUGGAGGAUGGCUUCGAGUGUGUGUGCCCUCCCCAGUGGGAGGGAAAGACCUGCCAGAUAGAUGCAAAUGAGUGUGCAGGAAAGCCCUGUGUGAACGCUUACUCUUGCAAAAAUUUGAUUGGCGGAUAUCACUGUGACUGUUUUCGGGGAUGGUCCGGACAAAACUGUGACAUGAACAUCAACGGCUGCCAUGGUCAGUGCCUGAAUGGAGCAACAUGCAAGGAGGGCCAGAGGGGUUACCACUGCCAGUGUCUUCCAGGAUUUGUGGGGACUCACUGUGAAAUCCAGAGGAAUAAGUGUGAUGGCAAACCAUGCCAGAACGGCGGGAAAUGUCAUGCAGUGUUGGACGGCUUUGUGUGUCAGUGCCCAUCAGAGUUUGCUGGACAGCUGUGUGAGAUCUCAAGCUGGUCCCCCUCAGAUGCUUGUGAUCCAAACCCUUGUGAGAAUGAGGCCAAGUGCCACAGCAUGGAUCAGGACUUCUACUGCGCAUGUCCUGAGGGCUACGAGGGAAAGACGUGUGAACGGCUCAAGGAGAACUGCCAGACCACCCCGUGUCAAGACAUUGACAGCUGCACUGUUGCUAUAGCGACCAACGACUCAGCUGGAGUGCGGCACAUCUCCUCCAAUGUCUGUGGUCCACGAGGACGUUGCAUCAGCCAGCCAGCGGGCAACUUCACCUGCAUGUGUGAUCCGGGUUUCAGUGGGACCUACUGUCAUGAAAAUAUUAAUGACUGCAUCAACAACCCCUGUGGAAAUGGAGGCACCUGCAUCGAUGGAGUGAACUCCUUUCAGUGCGUCUGUCCUGAUGGCUGGGAGGGUCGACUCUGCGACCUGAAUGUCAAUGAGUGCAGACACAACCCAUGCAAGAAUGGUGGACGUUGCGUCGACCUGGUGAAUGACUUCUACUGCGAGUGUGCCGACAACUGGAAGGGCAAGACCUGCCAUUCCCGCGAGCGCCAGUGUGACUUAACCACCUGCAGUAAUGGAGGCACCUGCCACGACCGCGGGGAUGCCUUCCGCUGUGCCUGCCCACCUGGUUGGGGGGGAAACACAUGCAACACAGCCAAGAACAGCACAUGCGCCUCCAGUCCUUGUUCCAACGGUGGAACCUGUGUGGGAGGAGGAGAUACUUUUACCUGCAUCUGCAAAGAGGGCUGGGAAGGCCCCACCUGUGGCCUAAAUAUAAACGACUGCAACCCUCAUCCAUGUUACAAUGGCGGUAUCUGUGUGGAUGGAGUCAACUGGUUUCGGUGCGAGUGCGCUCCCGGUUUCGCCGGACCAGACUGCCGAAUCAACAUAAACGAGUGCCAGUCUUCACCCUGUGCCUACGGUGCCACCUGUGUGGAUGAGAUCAACGGUUUCCGCUGCAUCUGUCCACGUGGUAGAACAGGAGCCCGAUGCCAAGAGUUCAAAGGUAUUGGGAAGACUUGCCACUAUGCUGGGCUGCAGUUUCCCCACAGCAGCCGCUGGGAGGAAGAGUGCAACAGCUGCCGUUGCAUCAACGGCAAAGUGGACUGUACAAAGGUGCUGUGUGGUCGUCGUCCCUGCCGGCUCCUGUCAUCAGGCCAGGACCAGAGACAGCAGUCCUGCCCGGCUGGACAAGAGUGUCUGGAGCACAGCUACCUCACGUGCUUCUCCCCCCCAUGCCAUCAGUGGGGGGUUUGUUCCAUGGCUGGACACUCACCUCCACAAGCAACCACCAAGUGCCAGCCAAACAGCGGACAUUUGGACAACAGCUGUGGCCGCAUAACACUCAUUUUCAGCAGAGACAAAGUACCAAAAGGCACAACAGUGGAGAACAUCUGCUAUGAGCUGAGGUAUCUUCCUGACACCCGAAGCUUGGCAAAAGACCACGCCCUUCUCCUGCUGUGUGACCUCUCUCACUCGAAUCAGGACGCUAUAGAGGUGGCUAUAUCUUUCCAGCCAGAGGAUCUACCAGACCACAGUCUAAUCCAGGAGGCAGCCAGCGCCAUAGUGGGCACCUUGUCCAAGCGGCACAACAGCACCAACAUGCUGGCAGUCAUUGAGGUCAAAGUGGAAACACAGGUCAUGCCCCCCUCAGUGGAUUACCUGGUGCCUCUACUAUGUGUGGUCUUCUGCUUGCUCUGCCUCUUCUGCAUUAUCGUAUGUGUUUGGUGGACACGCAAACGAAGAAAAGAGCGCGAGAGGAACGUACGGUCAGGAGCUGACGACAACGUGAACAACCAGUGGGAGCCACUUCGGCUUGUUGUGGGACGUCAGCAGCAGCAGCAGCAGCAGCAGCAGCAGCUGAAAGAAAGCAACAGAGAGGCCGAGCAGGAGCGCAAAAAGCUCAUGGGCCCCUCUUAUCGGACGUGUGAUGAGGAGGAGGAGGAGGAGGAAGAGACGGAAGGCGAGCUUGAGCUCGAGGAGGAGUGUGGUGGAGCAGAGGCGGGAAAGCAGCCAGUUAGUAAGUACUCUAAGACUGCAGUGCAGUCCACUGGGGGAGUGAUCUGUACCCUGCACAGCUCCAGUUCACCCCUCAAAGCACCCCACCGGACCCCAGGCUACAACCCCAAAGACAACCGCUGGAAAAAUGUCAGUGUCGCCUUGACAGGUCAAAAAGACCUCAGAGACCAUUGUGUAUAAGAAAUUAAAACAAAGGACUCGCAAUGUGGAAGUGAGAGCAGCUGCAAGGCAGCAACUAUUCUUAUUUUUGGACUACUUUUGGGAAGAAAAGGCUUUGUGUUUUAGUAAGCCAUUCUUUGCUUUGUUUUCUGUUUUUGUCACUGUCACCUGAAAAGAGUUUUGAUUCAGGAGGUUAGAGCACAGUGAACAUCCUUUUUUGCUGUUUUUUUUAUUGUGUACAGAAGGAGCAGAAAUGUAAGAAGUUUUGAGGAGGCAAAAGAAGCCCUCUGCAAUUUUUGUUUAUGGAAUUGUACCAUUAAAGAAACAAUGAUUCCUCUAAAAGGAGAAAAAGACUACCUGUAUAAAGAUUUUUGUUUUUUAUUUACAGAUUAUGAUUUUGUUAAAUUGUCAGCGGGCUCCUGUUCAGUCUCUGUAGGGAGGGGAAGGGGCAGAUACACAUUAAGGGGACAGUCAAAGAAGGGUUUUGAGGGAAAUGGACUGUUGCAGCCACAGUAGAGGAAACCCUCUCUUUGCUCUCUUUCCAGCUUUGCCCACCGAUCCACCUGUGGCCGUCAUGCGCCAGCCUUACCAAAACACUUGGCCUGGAGGGGAGAGGGGACAGAAACCCCAGUGCCUACAACGUGGCCUUCCAUUUUUUUUCUCCUGUCUCUCAGUUGUCUUGGCUGAAAGCGCUGUUUGAGGAUUUUUUGCAGUAUUUGAGUUGGUAGCAAGUGCCUUUCUAAGAGCCGUCUCGGGGCUCCAAGUCGCGCUGCCCAGUUUGACCUCCUUGUUCUCAAAUCUCAAAGGGAUAUAAGUGUACAUUUAGAGAGUUCACUUUCACAGCAACGCCAUUCAAGGUAUUUGAUCAAAACAGAAAUGAAUACUCUGUACAUAUGUGUAAAUACUAAAGGAGUCGCUGUGUAUAUUUGAAAUAAGUAACUUAAAGACAAGUCACAUUUUUAUUAUUAUUAUGAUUAAUAUUAUUAUUAUUAUUAUUUUUUUUUUUACAAUGCCAUUCCUUUUUAUUUAUGCCAGUUGAAAUAGGCACGUUUUAUAACACUUCAUAUGCAGAGUCCCACAGUUAAGAAUCUUUACAAUGAGGUACCACCUAUGAAGGAAUUUCUGAAGGGGUUAUAAAUGGUUUCAGUUGUGGCUAUGUCGUUAAUGCUCUUUAGUUAAGCAAAGUAAGUCAAUAAUGCUUGUAAUGCAAUUUACAAAUUCGAUGACUUUAUUAUUUUUUUUUUUCCUAGGCUGUAUGUGGUCCGACAUUACUACAUUUGGUCUCAAUCUUCAGCUUCCUUCAUACUGGCUUCUACUGUGGUUAACUUUGCCAUAUCUAUUGGUCUUAGUCAACAAUAGUUUCACAGCAGAAGUUAUGGUUAGUUUUUGGAUGCAAAUGAUACAAGAAAACCUGUAUCCUGUAUGUAACAUGGCCAUAUUUAAAAGGGACGUCAACAGUAUAUCAAAAAGAGCAGAAAACUGCUGCGGCCCUGCUCUGUGGAGACAGAAAUCUCCAGGCAAGUUGCCCUUAUGACCACUCCCCACUUGGUGAUCUUCACAGUUGGUGUUUUGCCUGACAGCUAAUGGAGAACAUCUAUUGUGACAUCACAAAUAGAGGUGUGGCCAGAAAUGCAACUUGCUCCUGAUUUUCUGUUCAUAGAAGGUAUAACUUCUACAUUUGACUCUGGUCAUUUUUAACUUGCUCUCUAUUAGAGACAUCACUGACUUUGGUUGGUUCUGGAUUUGGUAAAAAAAAAAAAAAAAAAAUCAGGCAGUGUUGCAAAGCUGCCAACAUUAUAGCUUUAAAAUGUUCUCAAACCAUUUCUAAACCCUUUUAAAAAACCUCUCAUUUCAGGUGCCUUAUUGUAAUGAGUAAUGCAUUAUUUGUGUAAUCAGUGGUCAUCUUUUUAUGUUGGUUUGUUUUCACUAUUAAGGAAAGUAACUCUAAAACAUAGUGUGGUGUAUAGUGGCGUGUUUUAUUCGCCUGAGUAAAGUGCUCUCCUUGUCUCACUUUGCUAUCAUGGAAAUUUCUGGAAUAAAAUGCUUGAUGGAGGAUUUAAAACAGUCCACCAUGGUUCUUUUGAGUGUCAUGAAUGUGUAUGUCAGCAGGUCAAAUGUGGACACUAUGCAUUCGCUUCAUGUUUGGUUUUAAGGCUUUAAUGAAGGGAACAAUAUUUGCAGAUGUUUUUGCUACCAUCCAGAUUUUUUUUUUUAAGUUACCAACUCCGUUCAAAAUGACCCCUUUUCAUAUCAUGACUUUGUCUCAACACCAUCGUAUUUUCUGUAAAUGGGACACUGCAAAAUAAAGAAUUGAAGAUGCAUCACUGCUGGUGUUAAAA